AUGUUGAGCUAUCGACUGUUUCGGCAUGAAACAAAGAUAAUGUCAAAAAUGGUGCAUACGUUAAUGCAUUUGGGCACAUUCGCACUUAUAAUCGGAGCGUUGUUUUUGUUCGGUGCGAUAAAUUUCUGGCUACCUUCAAUGGAAACAGGAGAGUCGUUUUUACCAAGUCACAAACUUGUUGGUUUGACGAUUUUCAUCGCGAGUGUAUCACAAGCACUCAUCGGAUAUGCACAAUUACCACUGAUUAUUCAAAACCACAGCAACUUGAAUGAUACGUUCACGCAGUCAAACCAAUAUGGCGCACAACGAUUGACAACAUCGUCCCUCGUGCUCAAUUUCACUGUUAUUUUCACGAUAAUUUAUGCAAUGUGUGUUGUCUAUUUGGUGAGUGAAGACGAAUGGCGAAGGCAAAAAACACCCGAUGAGACAAAAUAA